GCUGGCCUAGUAUUGCUGUUCUGAAAUUGCUGUAACAUACGGCUGCAACCUCUCGUCGUUUCCGGUGUCGUCAUCGUCGGAAGCGCCUGGCUUCUCGGCUGCUUAGCAACCAGGAUCCGAGGUCAAUAACAGAUAUACAGAGAAACGAAAACCAUGCGUCGCUCAGCUGCCAAAUCACGGGCCGAUAAAAGCCGCACUGAUUCUGUCCCAGUUAGUGCUGCUCUUCUGCCGCUCGUGGUCCAGCCCGUUGAGACCGUAGACAUUGUACCGGGCCUCCUGACUGAGUCCACCUGGACCAGCAUGCUCACCAAGGAGGAGGGUGAGGAGGUGGUGGUGGACAUUAUAGCAGAACUAAUGGAAAGAGUGAUGGACAGAUGUUAUCAGGUGUAUUUAAAAAGUCAGUUGAUACCCUUCUCGGUUUGGUGGGCACAAAAUAACCUGGUGGAGACGAUAGAAUGUCUUCUGCUGGUGAGAGAUGAGGGGGAUGAUCCAGAACAUGAACCCUUUUGGCAAGAGGACCCAGAACCUCGGCCUUGUGCUAUUGAUUCUUGGGCUGAGGGAUGUGUUCCUGUUUUGCAUGCUGCUCAGCAAUAGCAUAGUGCUUUACUGCAGGUAUGAGAAGAACUACACCACCUCCAACCUGCUACGACUCAAGACCAACAGAGUGAUGAUACCAAAUUAUUCACAAAAUCUGAAGAAAGUCUGACUUCAUCAAAACCACACACAUACGCUAAGAACUCAAAGGAAGCAAAUCUCUUAUCCUCUAAGGACACAAUCGCCUCCAUUGCUUGCAAUAUUUAGUCCUCAUUCACUUAAGAGCUAAAAAAUUUCAUUUGGGUCUUUCAGCCUCAAAACACUGACUCAAAUACAGUUUGGGCCUAAGGUGAGGAAACAGGGACCCCAUCAGAUCCAAAAACUCAUAGACUGAUGUUGUAGCCCUGUGAACUAAGGCUGACAUAAAAAGUAAUGCAUCAACAAAACUGGUAAAAAUUGUUUUAAAGUGUUUAAAAUGUUUUAAAUUUCAUAAAUUUGAGACUGUGAUGAUGACUUGUUUUAACACAAGGUAUGUUAGUUCACCCAAAAAUCAUCAUUUAUUCACCCUCAAGUUGUUCUACACCGGUAUGAGUUUCUUUCUUCUGCUGAACACAAAAGAAGAUAUUUCGAAGAAUGUGGGUGAACAGUUCUUUUUUGGGGGAACUAUCCUUUAAUAUAGUAUCAUAUGGUUAACACAGUAUAUACAUAAACAAAAAUAAACACAUGGAUUAUAGUUUUGGUUGCUUGUUAAAUGCUGUUUCACAAGCCUUUACUACACAGAAACCAUUUUUAAAAAACUGCAACAUGAAUUUAAAUGUAUGUUUAUUUGCAUAUUCCAUAAUAUACACAUGACACGCAGGGGAAAGAUAUUUCCUUGUUUUAGCUAAAUCAUGCCUAUGAUUUAACUAAAUUAAAAUGAACAAAUUAUGAAAACUGAAAACUAAAACUGAAAUAAAAUAAAUUAAACCAAAACAUCAAUAUUUAAUAAACAAAAACUACUAAAAUGACAAAAGCACAUAAUGAAAUGACUAAAAAAUAAACUAUAAUAAAACUAUGAUAACACUAACACUGAUCUGAUUCCCUCAUGAUACUGACUCUUGUCUAGUGUACUGUGUGGACGAGUAAUGCAAUCGACAGGAACAACAGUUGUCAUGGGAACCUCACUAGAACUCAUGAAAAAUAUCUGUUUUUAUAUACAGACGUCUAUGAAAAGAUAAAAAUAACUGUAGGGACUGAUAAAUGUGCAGUAAACAAAAUCGUAUUUAUUACAGCAUUACACUGAAACCCCAUUUGAGAAGUGCGGUGAAAUGUAUAUGUGUGCUAUAAGAAGAAAAAAAAUGCUUUUAAGUUAUUUUGACACAUCUGAAGUAACCACAAAAAGUGUGUAUGUAGAUGGAGCCUAUUGCUUAAAAGUCGACAUAAUAUCAAAAACAAUUGCAAAAUUAAUAUUGAAUGACUUCCUCAUUUUGAUCAAAUUAGUUUUCGUUCAGGUAAAUAUGCAAUAAACAUUGUAGAUGAAUAGUAUUAUUCAACCAGAUCAUGCUCGUAAAAAGUUUGUUUUAAAACAUAUACACUGUUCAAAAGUUGGGAUGCAUUAAAUUGAUCAGUUAAGACUUUUACAUUGUUACAUUCCUGUUUCAAAUAAAUGCUGUUCUUUUGGA